CGCAGAGAGUUCAGCUCAGUCGAAUCAGGAGCAAGGAGAGGGCAUAAAAGCGGAGCGAUCGCUCUCGGCUUUAUUAUGCUCAAUUUGACCACUAAUUGCCAGUCUAACCGCUCGGACCCAUGGUGAAGAGAAAGAAGACAUCGUCUACUACAGAGGAGCACCAAAAUGGCAUGACACCGGGCUCCAGGGAGGGGAUCGGUGUCGAUGGGAGGAGGAAUCCGUCCAGAAAGCCCGACGGUUGCGACGAAGAGGAGAACGGAGAGCAGGCGAGCGAGGAGCGCAGUACAAAGGGAGAGGACGGAGUGGAAAUUCUUAAUCCAUCAACCACGGGUCUCAGCUCCGGUUCAGCCCCGGUCCUUCCUGCUUCUGCUCCGAACCGAACCGGACCAGGCUCGACCCAGCCUCCUCAGACAUCAGCUGAGCCCGGCCCUCCGGGCCCCGACCAGCAUCAUUUUCUCCGAUCAAGCGUUCGACCUCCGAGCAAACGGAUACGGAAGGAUUCAAUCGGCUCCUCCAUCAAUGGACAUGGCGGGGCAAAAUCGAAAGGGGCAGAGAAUGGCUCCUCUUCCCAGGGUGUGGUGGGACAGACCGGGCCUGUGGUCAGCGCCACGGGGGGAGUAUCCAAGACCUCCAAGGGCCAAGGGUCUACAGAGAAGGAAGAACAAGCUGGUAACCAGAAAAGAGCCCGUCGGCAGUGGGAAUCCUGGAGCGCCGAGGACAAAAACAGCUUUUUUGAGGGUCUUUAUGAGCACGGGAAGGAUUUUGAGGCCAUCCAGAACAACAUUGCAAUGAAGUACAAGAAGAGAGGCAAGCCAGCAAAUAUGGUGAAGAACAAGGAACAGGUCCGCCACUUUUACUACCGAACUUGGCACAAGAUCUCCAAACACAUCGACUUCGCUAACGUGUACUCCAGGGUGUUAAAGAAAUCUUCUCAAGAACUGUACGGCCUCAUCUGCUACGCCGAGCUUCGCAAAAAAGUUGGAGGAUUGAUGGAUGAUAAGAAUGUGGCAAAGCUGAACGAACUCAUCCAGCAAGGGGCCACCACCGUGCGCUCUAAGGGGAGGAACCUGCGGAUCAAAGCUCCAAUGUGCAGAGCGUUGAAGAAACUUUGUGAUCCAGAUGGAGUGAGUGAUGAAGAGGACCAGAAGCCGGUGCGUCUGCCCUUGAAGGUGGCAGUGGAGCUCCAACCACGCAGUAACCACUCCUGGGCCCGAGUUCAGAGUCUUGCCCACAACCCUCGUCUCAGGAUGGUGGUGGAGCUCCACAGGAAAGUCUCCAGCCUCAUAGAGUAUCUGAAACAGAAGUGGGCUUAUCAUGACCAGCGGAUUCUUAAGAGUCUCAUGGAGAGAGAGGCUCUAGAAGGCAACCAGACCAGCACAGCCUCUCCCAGCAUAACUCAGAAGGAAGAACUUUUUCUUUUUCCAGCUGAGAGCUGCACAUUGACUGCACUGCCUGGGGUGGCACGUGUGGUUCACUCCAAAGCCUCCUGCACUGUCCAUUGGAUCGAGAGUGGCAAGAGCCGGCCUAAUGCCAAGGAGUUGCCAGCUGCCCAGAUCCUGGGCAUCCAUGCAGCUCCACAACCUCGAACUGGCAGCAAAUCUGGGCGGGCAAGCGCUGCUGUUGCUGGUGCUUCACUGACUAUUACAGGUGAUGCUCGUCGAACUGAAACCCCCAACCCUGAUCCAUCAGCAGACAGCUCUGCAAAGGUAGAGGAGAAGAGACUUCAGUCCCCUUGUGUCCCAGUUUCCUCUCAGCAGACUGUCAGAGAAGAGGGAGAUGGCAUGGGAUCUUCUGAUCCAGGAAAGGCCUGCACUGGCGUUGAGGUCAGUGGUGGUUUAGCCAUGACCAGAAGCACGGACAGGUCAUGUAGUGGUGCCGAUGGCUCCGCUGAGCAGUACAAAGAGGAGCAGAGCACCAGCGCGUCUUCCUCGGAGGCAAACCAGCCUCCUUCAGUCAAACCUCCAGUGACUGGCUCAGACGAAGCCGCGUCGCAAGCUUCCCCACCAGCGACCAAAGAACGGGUCGUUGAGCAAAUCAGAGAGGAAGGCUGGAGCGCCCGUGACGCAGAGAACGUCACCUUGGCCGAGCUGUACCUGAUGUUUGGGAAGCCAGGCAAGCUGCAGCUGGAGUACGAGUGGCAGCCGGUCACAGCUCCACCCAGCAACUCAGAAGAGGGACAAGCCUCAGUGCAGCCAAAGCCCGACAGGACAAAUCGAGUUUUGCGCUGCUUACUCAAGCUGGUUUCCACUGAAGUCAACCCCAAACCUCUGGCUCCAGAGCUGUGCUCCACAGCCACAUCACCCCUCAAGACCUAUCAGGAGGAGCAAAACCAGGUCCUCACACCUCCGGCGAAGGGUCCUGUUGCAGGCGCCCGUAGCCCCAGCUGUGGGCGGCCGCAGAAUGGCGUACCACCUCCGUCUCCUGGAGUCACCGGCGGGGGAGACUCACUCCUCUCUCCACCGAGCGUUGCCUCGCUCCUUGAUAUCUCCCUCCCAGGCCCUCCUGAAGAGGCUCUAACCCCCGGAGAACCUCAAACGCAGAUCAGCGACUCCAUCAUCGAGCUUGCCAUCAACUCCACACAUUACGGUGAGGAGGCUGCUCUCUCUCCAGCCAAGCUGGGCAACAGCGACGGCUCCAAACUGCUGGCCUCGUCUCCAUCGCUCAGCCCAUCCAGAGGCUGGAUCCCUUCACCCAGCCACGACCCUCAGUGGUACCCCAGCGACUCGUCUGACUCCACACUGGGAUGCCUCCUUUCCAGCAUGGUCUCUCCUGAUAAGGGCAGACGGACCACCCUAACCCCCACUGGCCCCUCCAGCGGCACAGCUCUACUCGGUCCUAGCCUCCUGGACUGCAAUUCUCAUGAUUCCUUUCAAUCCCGUGGCCUUCCUGAUGUGGCAGAGAUGGAUUCUCAGCUUGCUUGUAUGAUGAGUGAGAGCAGCAUAGACUACAUCGCUCGCUUCAAUGAUCUCGCUCAGGAGCUCGCCGUGACUGAGCCCUCCAUUCCACCUCCCUGAGGAGGAAGACCAGGAAGACUCCACCAAGCCAUGGUCAUCUGUACCUCUAAUCUACAGCCAGUUCCAGGCAUUUCCACAGUUCCGGGAGAGAGAGACACAAAUUGCUGGGCCCACACUUGGAAGCAGUGACUACUGCUAGAAAUUCAAAACUGAUUUGCAGCCAGCAGCUGCAAAUUACCCCAACUUUUACCACGUCUGGUUCUCAGACCUGUCGAUAAGCAGACCGGUCCUAAAAAGAGACCAAGGCAGAACUUUGAGAGCAUCAUGUUGUUGGUGACAAGAGGUACUGUAAGAGAGGAGAGGAGAGGUUUCCUCUUUGUCUCCGUUUGGAGAAAGAAGACUGGGGAGAAAGGCCAACCCCAUCCCCCCUCAAAGCCAUCCAUGGCCUGUUUGUAAAAGUGCAAUAAUAGGUGGUCAACCGUGACCAUUGUUCAAAAGCGAGUUGCGUUGGUUUCACUGAACUGUUCUCUAAGGAACAAUUCCCUUUAAAUACAAACACUUUAGAUAAAACAAAUGAGUUUACAAAAAUACAACCUCAUGUACAGGAAAAUUCUAUGCCAUAUCCGAACAAAAUAUCUGCAACGAUCUUUCAUGUCUCUUCCUGCUCUCGGUGUGUGAGUGCAUGAAUGUAUCUGUGUGUGCGUGUGUAUUAAAGGCUGAAAGGCUGACCGCUCAAAAUGUGCAGUUCAGAUCAUCAGCUGGUGGCAAACAGCCACUGGACUGUGAUUUUUAGUAAAAGUAAUGUCGGUGAGAAAGAGAUGCUUGGCAUAGUUCAGUAGCAAAAGUGGAACAAAACAAAGUGGUGCGUAGAAGUUCAUUUUUCCUGUUGGCCUCCUUUUUUUCUUUUCUUUUUGUUCCUCAUCUCUUAUGAGUUCAGGUGUUACAGAUUGUGUUGUAGGAAAAAAAAAAAAAAUACAAAUAAAAAAUGGCAGCUUGUU